AUGCGAUCUGCUCCUGAGGCCGCAUGGCCCAAGCUGGUCGUGUUUGACCUGGAUUAUACAUUGUGGCCUCUCUGGGUCGAUACGCAUGUGGAUCCGCCGCUGCAACGCCGUGGAGCGGCGCUGAAUGAGGUCUUUGACCGGUGCCUUACGCACAGCUCCGGUCAAGCCAUGUCCUUCUACCCCGACGUGCCGUACGAUAUUCGGAUCCUUACACCAGGGACAUUUUAUUUGAGCUCAAGCGGCGAAAUGUCUUGA